AUGAGAAUUUAUAUGUUAAAAACCAUAUCAAAUACGAUUGGAAGGCGAUUUUUGACAACCAAAGAUGUAAGGAAAGUUACCCAUUGCAUUUUUGAUAUGGACGGUCUGUUAUUGGAUACCGAGCAAGUGUAUAAAAAAAUGAUUACCCAGCUGUGUGCCAACUAUGGUCACAAGUACACAGAUGAAUUAAUGAUGAAGGUGCUAGGGGGAACUGAACAGAGAUUGUCAGAAAUUCUGUGCAAGGAACUUAAUCUACCAGUUACACCCACUGAAUUCAGGGACCAGUUACUGAAAUUGGGUGACACCAUGCUUGCAGGAACACCAUUGCUUGAUGGAGCUGAAAGAUUAAUACGUCAUCUACACAAAACUGGUGUGCCUUUCGCCCUAGCCACGUCUUCUAGUGAACGUUCAGUACAAACGAAAAUCGCAAGUCACAAGGAGCUGUUCAGCUUAUUCCACCAUAUGGUGAUGGGCAGCAGUGAUAAAGAAGUGAAAUUUGGGAAGCCACAUCCAGAUAUAUUUCUUGUAGCUGCCUCUAGGUUUCCUGAUAAACCUAACCCUUCAAAGUGUUUAGCGUUUGAAGACUCGCCACAUGGUGUCACUGCUGCCAUCAAAGCCGGUAUGCAGGUCGUCAUGGUACCAGAUCCACAUCUCAAUAAAGAGCUGACUAAACACGCAACCAUAGUGUUGCCGACGCUGGCUAAAUUCCAACCGGAAAUAUUUGGGUUACCGCCAUUUCAGUGA